UAAAACCCAGAGAAAAAUAUGCGCGCGCAGAAACAACACAACGUAAACUGCAGGAGCAACAUCUAGCUAGUGUAGAUAGACAGCACACAAUAUAUAGAACACACUAUAGACUAUAGACUACAUCAAUUUAAAAAGUCUAAUGGUCUAAGUCGAAGUCUAGUUGUCUAAGUCUCCAAGUCGCAGUUAAACGCAACCUGAAGAAAAGAAAAAAGUAAUUAAGCGACAGGUCCAUAUAUUAAAUAUAUAGUGUUCAUAUUAAUACAUAUACAUGUAUGUGGAACUCGUGAACGAGUGUCCAGUUGUCGAGACACCAUCACUAUAGACGUAUCAAAGUUAUUUAAAAAAAAACCAAAUGUGAAAUUUUUAAAAAUUUAAAUGGAGUUGUGAUUUAUCAGACAAUAAUUUAAAUAACAAAUGAAUUAUCAGCGAGAUAUGGUUAAGAGAGCGUUAGUGGAGUAAAAUAGUGAAUUGUUAAAGAGGUUUAUUGACGUUUAAAGUUUGUGGAUGAAAUUUAAAAUAGAGAUAAUUAAUUGAGUAAAAUAAUAAAAGUUUUCUCAUGAGCUCUUCCAUUGGAAUUGGAAGUCUGGUAGUAAGAUGGCUGUGCAGUUGGACGGCGGGGGGAAAGAGGAUUUAAAAACACAAUUUGUCACGAGGGAAGGAACAUACAAACUGAUGACAUUGUCUGAAUAUUCACGUCCUAAUCGUGUGGGGAAUACGGACACCAGAGGAAGUGCAUCAGUCAGGGUGUCAUUUGUUACUUUGCCGGAUCCCGCCGACCCCACGGGGGCACAAGGACUUGGUGACCGAAUGUGCUUUAAUUUCGGCAAGGAACUCUUCGUUUACGUUUACCGGGGUGUCAAAAAGGCCGUGGACCUGAACAAACCAGUCGACAAAAAGUUAUACAAAGGAACAAACCCAACGUGUCAUAAUUUCAACCAGACAACAGCGACCGCCGAUACGGCACCGCUCCUCGUAGGAUUUUCCACCGGCCAAAUUCAGCUGAUCGAUCCAAUAAAAAAAGAGCUGAAUAAAUUGUACAAUGAAGAGAGGCUUAUAGACAAAACAAAAGUGACCUGCAUUAAAUGGGUACCGGGGUCGAGUAAUUUAUUCCUCGUGUCCCACAGUUCUGGUCAACUUUAUUUAUACAAUUGGGAACUUCCUUGCGGGACAACCUCACCACAUUACCAGCCAUUUAAAUCCGGUGAUGGAUACGCCAUUCAUACAUGCAAGACCAAGUCUACGAGGAACCCUCUGUACAGAUGGGUGAUCGGCGCCGAGGGCUGCUGCAUCAACGAGUUCGCCUUCAGUCCCUGCGGUACAAAUUUAGCCGUCGUCUCCCAGGAUGGUUUCCUCCGUGUCUUCCACUACGACACAAUGGAACUCGUCGGGUCAGCUCGCAGUUACUUCGGUGGAUUUUUGUGCGUAUGCUGGUCCCCAGACGGACGAUACGUCGUCGUCGGAGGUGAGGAUGAUCUCGUAACAAUAUGGAGCUUUCAUGAAAAGCGAGUGGUCGCCCGUGGGCAGGGUCACCACAGCUGGGUCAGUGUCGUCGCAUUCGACCCCUUCACUACCUGCUACGGCGAAGCCGACGGCGACUUCUCCGGAUCAGAUGACGAAGCGAUGCAUCAGCAACACAAUAAUCAUAAUAAUUUUAGUGAUAAAUCCAAUAGACUGUCGACGACUUCCCAAGGAAUUCAUUCGAACAGAAACUCCUGCAGCUCAGAACUACGAGUACCUGGGGGUACUUGUUACCGACUUGGUAGUGUGUCAGAGGACACACAACUGUGUCUAUGGGACAUAACUGAGGACGUGCUGAGACAGCCAGUGUGUGCUAAGCAGAGAGUAUCAGCCGCUGGUUCGGGUACGCUGUCGUCAUCGGGUACUCUGAGCAGCGGGAAUGGCACUACGUCUAAUCACGUUACGAACAAUAUGAAAUAUAAUAAUAUGAACAAUAUAAGUUUUAGUAAAGAUGGAACUGUUAGUCAUAAUAAUUCCGACAGUAGUACGAACAAUAGCACCAGCAAUACCGCUGUCUCGACGGUUAAUUCAUUGACCCAAAGAUUCGCUGGUCUUGGGUUCGGUGAACGUAACAAGGGUGAUAAUCAUAAGAGAAAUUUUAGUCUGACGAUGAGAUCAAGUAGCACAAGUAAUAAUAGUAAUUCAGUGGUUAACAGUGGGGAUAAAGCUAGUAGUAAUAAUACGAACACGACUAAUUUAAAUAGUGUCGGUGGUAGUAUAGGUGGUAGUAAUAAAAAAUCCAGUUCUGUGAUGGACGAUCCGAUGCGAUUAAUCGGGACAGCUUGGUGCCCAAGAUUCGAUGAGUGCCCGGUACUGGAGCCGCUUGUGUGCAAAAAAUUGGCACACGAACGAUUGACUGAACUAGUAUUUAGGGAAGAUUGUUUCGUCACUGCGUGCCAGGAUGGAUAUGUGUACACGUGGGCAAGACCUGGGCAUAUGGUAGGUCCUCUUACCAUAAGCAGCACCUUGCACAGACCACAUCAUCAUACUAAUUUACACACAAAUAUUAAUUCCAUGCGACUUAAUGAUCUCUGAUGUAACUAUUCUAGAUGUUAUUUUUUUAUUAUUAUUUGUGGACUGUAAAAAACUAUGAUUCUGAGGUAACGGAUGACUCAAAGUUUUUGGAUUCUUUUUUUUAACGAAUGGGUUACAAAAAAAAAAAAAUAAAAAAAUGCAUGUGUAGGAAAUUUGAUAAACUACAAGUGCAAUUUUUUUAAAUAUUUUUUUUUUUACAAUUUAUCAUUUAAAAAAUAAAUCAAAAAAUUAUGAAGUCGGCUAACUGUAUCAUGGAGUAAACAGACAAUUGAUAAUUCUUGAAUUUUUUUUUUAACGUAUGGGUUGCAAAAAAAAAAUAAAUAAAAAAAUACAUGUGUAGGAAAUUUAAAAAACUACAAGUGCAAUUUUUUUAAAUAUUUUUUUCUUUACAUUUUAUCGUUUAGAAAAAAAUCAAAAAAUUUUAAGACUUCGGGGAUGAUAGAGUUAGUAGACAAUUAAAAAUUUUGGAUUUUUGUUUCAGAAAAUGAAUUUUAAAAAAAAAUAAUAAAAAUGCACGUGUAGAGAAUUAAAAAAACUACAAAUGCAAUUUUUUAAAAUAUUUUUUUUUUGAAUUUAUCAUUGAGAAAACAAUUAUUAAAUGGUGGCUGACUUUAGUGUUAUGGGGUAAACAGAUAAUUAACAAUUUUCGAAUUUUUUUUUUCAACAACUUUAUUGAAAGAAAAAAAUGCAUGUGUAGGAAAUUUAAAAAACUACAAGUGCAAGAUUAAAAUUAUUUUUGAAAAAAAUCCAAAAAUUAUAAAACGUCAGCGAACUUCAGUAUCAUAAAAAAUUGGGAGUUAAUUCGGAGUAAUUACGGAUUUUAAUUUGAAUUCACGCGGAGUUCAGGAGUUGAAGACAAAAUUACUGAGUAUAUGGAGUAAAUAGAAGUUUUUUUUCAACAGAGUGAUUUUAGAUUUUAUUUUAAUCCGCAGCUACUUGAAUUUAAAAUUUUAUUUUUAAAAUAAACUCUGGUAAAGUUUGAGCUCUUCAUGAUUUUUGAUUUCCCAUUUAAAUAUCA